UGACCAAUCAAGUGCUUGCGGCGUCUCGCUCGCGUGCAGUCAGUGUUGUUAAAAAGGAAGCGAUGUAGAAGAACAUGAAUGCCAUCACAAACAGCAACAGAAGAGCUGCAGAGGAAAGCGAAUAAGGCGUGGCGCUUCAACCCCGCAGAUCUGAGAAGAAUGAUUGUAAAAGGAGGCGGGGCCAGAAAUGAUGUCAAUCGUGUUAUGUUGAUGUACAUUAGUUACGUACUCGCGGUCUCGACACAUGAGAAGCCGCUUCUCCAGGUGAACGCGCUCCAGUGCUGGGGACAACACAGACGAGGUUGUGUGUGUCCAUGCAUGCUUGAGAAGGUUUGGGAUCAGGAUGGACGUGGAGGAGACCGGAGCAGGUCAGGUGGAGACAGUGGCCUCAGAGGAGGAGGCACCAGCUCCCAAACGUGGGAGAGGACGACCCCGCAAACCACAACAGGAGCCUGUUGAAGCUUCUGCUCCCAGGAGGCCGAGAGGAAGGCCAAGAGGCAGUAAAAAUAAAGGCCAGCGAGUCACAGCCAAAGUAGAGCCACCUAGAGAACGGAGACCACGAGGUAGACCAAGAAAAUGGCCUCAGAAGACGGUUCAUCAAGAAGAACAGCAGCCUCAUCCUGCGGUUCAAGGGGCGGAGUCAACAGAGGAGCCGCCCAUUCAGACUCCGCCUGCUGCGUUAGCAUCGCAGGAGAGCGACUAAAACUACCUCAGUGAUGACUUUGUUACUACGUUGGGGGUAAUUCUCCAUCUCAGCUGCCUCCAUGUACACUGUUAAAAGUGAAAAUGUGCCAGUGCUCAAAUCACGCCCUAAAUUUCAGGAAAGAUCAGACUACAUUUUUCAAAAGUGACACCUAAAAUCUGUGUACUACCAACACAAGCCUUUAUGAUGAACACCUUUCUGCAAGUUACACUGAACUGGAAAUGAUAUCUUCUCUUUUUGUUUAUUAUUUGGAUUCUUAAAGGAGUAGUUCACCCGAAAAUGGAAAUUUGCUGAAAAUGCACUUACACUCAGGCCAUCCAAGAUGUAGAUUCUUCAUCAGAACAGAUUUGGAGAAAUUUAGAAUUCUAUCAGUUGUUCACUAGUGGAUCAACUGCAGUGAAUGGGUGCCGUCAGAAUCCGAGUCCAAACAGCUAAUAAAUACAUCAGAAGUAAUCCAUACGACUCCCAUCAAUUAGUAUCUUGUGAAGUAAAACAAAUCUGUGUUUGUAAGAAACAUAUCCAUCAAGAUGUUGCUUCUGGCUCGAAUAAGAGUUAAUAAUCUAUUAAUAAAGCCUGAGGGUGAGCACAUUUUCAGCAAAUCUUCACUUUUGGGUGAACUAUUCCUGUAGUCAACAAGAAAUCAAAUUUGAACUUAAAACAUAUUUUAUUGUGCGCAGUUUGGCAUCCAGAAACUGUAGUAUGCCUUGUUCUUUUAAAGAAAUGACUCCAAAAUAACAAGAAAAAAACCAUGAACUUGUUUUGCUUAGGACCUUUAUUUAAUGUUCAAGAUCUUGGGAUUAAAAAGGAUUUUAAAAUGUAGAAGCUGUAAUCAUCACAGUGUAUGGAUGAUGCCUGGGUUAUAUAGGUUUAAUCUUCUCAGGAUUCUAGAAACAUUGUAUUGCCAAAACUUGAAAUUUACUCCUCAAUCAACUUUUUAAAUCAUUGAUCUUAUGUAAUGUUCUUUUUAUUCUUUUAUUUUAAUGUUUACAAUGGAAAGAAUAGAUUCAAUUGCAUCUAUUUACACCAAAGAAGAAGAAUGAUCUGAUCAAAGAUGUAAAACCACAAUCAUUAAAAUUCACAUGAUGAUGGUGAAACUCAGUACCUCAACAUCAGACACCUCAAAGAUUUUGUUUGCUCAUUCUAUGGAUGAUUUGACAUUUGUUUUUAAAUGCAUAUAUUGUCACUUAGCAGUCUAUAAUUAACUUUUUGUUUUAAAUCAUCCAGUGUAAUUUGUACUGCUAUGAACUGUGUUAUUGCGCUGAUAUGGGACUGAUGUUUAAAGAAUCUCCUAAUGUCAACAAAGGUGUGUUGUGUUAAAUAUUAUAGUUCAUUUACAGUAGAUGCACUUAAAAACAGGUGUAAUGGUUCCUUUUUCUGAUCAGGAAGUUUCUGGUGUGAAGUCAAUUCAUUGUUCAGAUGCAUCAUGGUAUAUGUCGUCAGUUCAGUCAUUUACUUGUUAAAACAUUUGACAAUGUGCCUUAUAAAUACAGGCUCAGGUAACUUACCUCUUUUUUUAUAUUCCUCAAGGCCAGUAAUGCUGUUUAUGCAGCCGUUUCUCAAUGAAUAAAGUUCCAGUUUGAGACAUGUUUACAUCA